AUGAACAACUAUGAGUUACCUAAUGAUGUAUCUUGGUACUGCUUGGUGAGAUGGCUAUCAAUAAGCAAUGUUCUUGAUGUGGUUCAGUAUUUACAAACUCUAAAUAAAUAUUUACAAGGAAAGGAAAAACUUAUUUCUGAUUUGGCCCAGACUGUAUUUAGCUUUCAUAACAAAUUAAAGCUUUUUACAAAAGACCUUCAGACAAAAACAUUUGCUCACUUCAAACGUUUGAAGAAAAUUAGUGAACGUUUUCCCGACAUUCCGGUGGAAACUGAAGAAUAUAUGAAUAAGAUGUCAGGCCUUGCUGAAGAAAUCAAUCGCAGAUUUAAUGAUUUAAGAUCACUUAAACCUUCAUUUUCAUUCCUGGAAAAUCCUUUUGCUGUUGAUGUUGUGAGUGAUGGCUGUCCUAUUUCAUCACCAAUAACAAAGGAUACAGCAGCUGUAGAGUUGGAGUUAUUAGAACUGCAAGAAGACGAAGGACUAAAAGGACUUAAACGAAGUGGCGUUUCAACCAUAGAAUUUUGGAAAAAUGUCCCAGAAGAAAAAUACCCACAAACAAAAAUGUGUGCUAUGAAACUUAUUUCAAUCUUUGGCACUACUUAUGUGUGUGAAUCAUUGUACUCAACGUUAAAAUUCAUUAAAUCUAAAUAUCGAUCUGAACUAACUGAUGAACAUUUAAGUGAACUUGUGCGAACUGCGCUUACAAAUUAUCAGCCAGAUUUCACAAAGCUCAAAUAA